AUGGUCUCACCGAGCCCCGAAAACGGCGCAGAUGCGCCGUCGCGCAACUUCCCCCAGGAUCCCUCGGAGUUCGACAGCGACCCCCGCAUUUCAUUCUCGAAACUGGACGAUAAGUUCAUUCUGGAGACCGACGAUGGGCAGGAAUUUGUAUUCGACUCGGUGAUCAAGCGCUGGGUUCAGACGGUCGAUGAAGAUCUGCUCCGCCAGCAGCAGGAAGCGUACAGGGUCGCAGGCGUGGAUGAAGAUGAAGAGACUACUGCGCGAGAUAGGAAGAAGCGGAAACAGCCUGAGAGUGGUGAGGAUGCACAAAAAGCCAAGAAGCAGCGCGUGAACACGGCUGUCUUUGUCACCUCGAUUCCAUUGGAUGCCACGCUCGAGGAGAUCCAGCACACCUUUUCAAAAUGCGGCGUCAUCGCCGAAGAGAUCGACAGCGGGCGAUCACGGAUCAAAAUGUACACGGAUGAUGACGGCAAAUUCAAGGGCGAGGCGCUGGUCGUCUACUUUCGGCCGGAGUCAGUCAACCUGGCGAUUCAGAUGCUGGACGAUUCGGACUUCCGGCUUGGAGUGACGGGACCCCUUGGGCCGAUGAGGGUUCAGGCGGCCGAUUUUUCGUUCAAAAGCCAGAAGGAGGCGCCGCCCAAGUCCAACAUGAGAGAUAAGCGGAAGAUUAUUGCACGGACACAGAAGUUGAACAAUAAACUCGCUGAUUGGGAUGAUGAUGAACCGUCUGCGCUCCCCGACACGACGUCACGCGUGGAAAAAGUGGUGAUCCUGAAACAUAUGUUUACUUUGAAGGAGCUAGAGGACGAUGCCGGCGCCAUCCUCGACAUCAAACAGGAUAUCCGCGACGAAUGCUCGAAGCUUGGCGAGGUGACCAAUGUUGUUCUCUACGACAAGGAACCCGAGGGAGUGGUGAGCGUGCGCUUCACGGACCCUAACGCUGCCCGACAGUGCGUUCAGGUCAUGGGUGGCCGGUUCUUUGGAGGAACCCAGGUCGAGGCCUAUAUCUCCGACGGGCGUGAGAAAUUUAAGAAGACCAAUGAACGGCGGGCGGCUCUGGAGGAUAUGGCGGAGCGGGGCAUUGAUGCGGAGGAUGAGGAUGAGAACCAGCGACUGGAUGAGUUUGGGAAUUGGCUGGAGAGCUCGCGGGUGGUUGAGAAUCGGGCGCAGUAA